UCAUUUCCAAUCCCUUCAGACUCCAACUUGUUUCUCAGCAAGUCCCCAGCUCACCUCUGCUUCCCUUAACAGCAUGCCGCCAAAGAAGAUUGAGCCAAAGAAGCCCGAGCCUAAAAAGCCCGAGCCUAAGAAAGAUGCUGCUCCGGCCGCAAAACCAGCACCGGCUCCGGAGCCACUGCCUGAGCCACCCAAAGAACCCGACUUUGACCCCAAGAGCAUCACCCUUGAGUAUUCCCCUGACCAGAUCGAGGAGUUCAAGGAGGCCUUCACCUUGUUCGACCGCACACCGACCGGGGCGAUGAAGAUCACAUUUGGCCAGUGCGGAGACGUGAUGCGCGCUCUGGGUCAGAACCCCACCAACGCUGAUGUGCUCAAAGUGCUCGGUAAACCACCGCCAGAAGACAUGAGUACAAAACUGGUGGACUUUGAGACCUUCUUGCCAAUGCUGCAACACAUUUCUCGCGCCAAAGAUCAAGGCAACUUUGAGGAUUUUGUGGAGGGGCUCAGGGUUUUCGACAAAGAAGGAAAUGGCACCAUCAUGGGAGCCGAGCUGCGUCACGUCCUUGCGACACUGGGAGAGAGGAUGACGGAAGACGAGGUGGACAGACUGAUGGCCGGACAGGAGGACGCCAAUGGGUGCAUCAACUAUGCCUCCUUUGUAAAGCAUAUUCUCUCUGGCUGAAAGGGACAUUUAACCUGAAAGACUUCAUCCUACCUUACUUAUCAUUUUGGCCAGUAAGAGGUGAGCGUGUCACCAAGUGUGUGGCAUUACUCUGCUGUCAAGAAAAAGCAGUUAAUGUUGGCCUUCAUACCUAUGAUUAUUUCUUUUUCCAUAAACACCCUGAAAUAUAAUGAAAUGCCAGUGAGAUAAGAAAAUGGACGUCCUCACAGAAAGCUCCAUUAAU